CUUCCUUGAGCUAAUCUUCUCCUUGUGUGAAUUAAAAAGAAAGCGCAAGAUAUCGUACUCCUAAAGUUUUUACGAAGGAUCCAAUCCGUGUCGCUUACUCAUACCCAGAGAGAUUCCAGGCAGGCAUGGAGGUCUCCGGCUUCGCUUUACGCCAGCCAUCCUGCUUUCCCUUCGGUGCGGACGUUGGAACUUGUAAUGCCCAAUCUUCUUCAAGGCCAUCUUUUUGCGGUGUUUCUUUGAAACCCAGAAAAGCAUGUAGGGUUUUGAAUUCUUCAGAGUUUAGAGAUAACGGGCAUCUGCAGCAUUACCAUGGAGGAGAGAAUAAGAUGGAGAAAAAAUCUGUUAAGAAAAAGUUGAAAUUACUAAAAGGCUUAUAUAAGGACUUGUCCAUGUUUUCUCGGCUGGGUGUUGAUGAUGCUUUGGUAGAUCAAGGUCAGGCCGAGUUGCUUUCGGAAGCAGCACAAGGAUUAAUGAAACAGCUGCAAGAGUUGAGAGCAAAGGAGAAGGAAUUGAAGAGGAAGAAGAAAGAAGAGAAGGCGAAGCUUAAAGCCAAAAGGAUUGAUUGUGAAUCAUCCACAUCUGAAUCCAGUGACAGCGAAUGUGGCGAGUUGAUCGACAUGAGCCGCUUGAGAAGUGAAGCUUUUCCGGUUGCACAACCGAUGCUAGCUGAUUUCCAGCAGCAAGAAGUAACUUCAACCCUCACGAUCUUGCCAGCCCAAAAAUUGAAAGCAAUUGGCGCGUCACCAAAUCUUGAAAAAGAAUGGUGCGUUGAGCCAAGUGUUUGUUGCGAUGACAGGAAUAGCUCAGCAAAGAGAAUUGAGGUAUGCAUGGGUAACAAGUGCAAGAAGGCUGGGGGCGCGGCAUUGUUGGAGGAAUUAGAGAGGGUCGUGGGUGUAGAGGGGGCAGUCGUCGGCUGCAAGUGUAUGGGCAAGUGCAGGGACGGGCCUAAUGUGAGGGUCCGAAAUUCCAUUGACGAGAGAAAUAUAGGUGAUUCUGUUAGAACUCCGGCCAACCCUCUCUGCAUUGGUGUUGGUUUGGAGGAUGUAGGUGUUAUCGUGGCCCAUUUCUCUGGGGAGGAUAAACAGUUGGGGCUGGCCCAUGCAUCUCAUACUUAAAGGAGUGCGUUUUCGGCUUGCUUUGUAGGGUUAAUCCUCCGUUUUACUACAAGUGUGAAAUGUAGAUGUGGAUUGGCAAAUAUAAUAGAUUUUUAUUUGUCAUGAUUUUGCCUAA